CUACAAGAAGCUCUUUCACGAAUUGCCCUGGGAAAGCCCUCAGGGUUCACCGAGGUCCGUAGCUGCCAGCGACCAUUCGAACACACAGUCACCGCCGUCGUCCUGGAGUAUGCCAUCUCAGUCGGAGUCAUCUAGCCAGCAGGGCACUGCUUGGAGCCAGGCUUCUUCCGUUGAUCGCACUAGUCCAUCCAUGUCUAAUCAAUAUAUUUCGAGUCAAUCUCGGGUCCAACACUCCUCCUUCCUAAACGAUGGUCAAACGAGGUCAUACCACCUUGAUGUCGUGCAACACCCCCAAAGAACCGCGGAAUUUGGUUCUGCUAGCCUCUCCCGUUUGCCACUAGCUCCGCCAGUAAUCGUGCAGCUCACUGUACGCGAUCGCUUUGGAAAUUCCAUCAUUCCUGAGAUGGAGCUGCCAUUCUUGAUCGCCCACUUGUCACUAUUCACGGAUGAUGGGUCACCGUUGGAUAUGGGCACCUCACCAAACGGAGAGGCACCUCCGCGGCGUUUGCUUUACGGAAACCUAGUGUCGUCACCUCAGAAAUUGCGCGACCUUCAGGGCCGUCUUGGAUUAUAUUUUCUGUUCCCCGACGCGAGUAUACGUUGGCGCGGCCGCUUCCAGCUCGGGAUUUCUCUAUUACGGAUAUCAGAGACUAAUGCUUCUGGUACUAUGAGUAUUGCAUCUCAGGGGACUGUGCUUGCACAGGCUCGCACACGGUCAUUUGAUGUCUGUGCCCAUGAAAAUUACGUCGCACCGCCCAUUACACGCUUAACGCAAAGCUUUUUGAGACAGGGUGCACGAAUUCAUACCUUCACGCCAAAUGGUCCUUAGACCCUAGAAUUUGCGUUCGGACUUUCCGACGCAUGCCGGUCACUUUCGCAUAACCUUCGCAAUUUUUUUUCGUUUUCGCUUUCUGCUGUAUAUCAUAGUUGGUGCACUCAUUCGACCUUUUUACACUGACACCUGUUUCUGCUAUUUCUUGUCGCUGCAUGAUGCUCUCGACCUGCUGACUGCAUAUAUCAUCUGGCUAUAAUUGCAAACACACGUUGAGGAGAUAAGUUAGAUUAUUCAAUUAGAGUUUGCAUGCUGCAUCGUUCAGUGUCUUGGUGAGGUAAUAACGAGUGUAAAGUGAGCGAAGGGCGUCUGCA